AUGGCCGCUCUCCUGAACCCUACGGCUCGGCGCCUCACCCUCGCUGCCUGCCGCCGUCUCUCUACGCCGCCGGCGGUGGAGCCCUUCGUGGCUCACUGGAGCACCCAAGCAAGAUACAAUUCCAGUCUGGUGGAGGUUAAUGGCGGAUUUGGGGAGAUGGUUGCCGACACAAAGAGGUACUACGUGCUUGGAGGCAAAGGUGGUGUUGGGACAACAAGCAUGGCAGCAUCACUUGCUAUGAAGUUUGCCAACCAUGGUGAACCGACGCUCAUAGUUUCUAUGCACCCAGCACAUUCACUGGGUGAUACAUUUGAACAAGACCUGAGUGGCGGUAAUAUUGUACCUGUCAAUGGAGUCGACUCUCUUUUUGCUGCCGAGAUUGGCCAUGUUAAUACAAAGGAGGAAUCUUCUAAUAGUGGAUCUUUUAUGCGUAAUAUACUGGACAAGAUAGGGCUUGGAGUCCUUGCUGAUCCGCUGGGAAAGAAUAAGCUGCAUGAAAUGCUGAUGAAAACUCCUGGAUUUGGAGAAGCCGUUGCAAUUUCGAAGCUGAUGCAAAUCGUCGAACUGCAAGAGAGCAAUAAAUUUAGGCGCAUAGUUUUGGAUACCGCGGCAACUGGGCAUACACUAAACCUUUUAUCCGCUACAACUUUAAUGGAGAAGCUCCUUGGUAUGGCCAAUAAGGCUGUGAAUUUAGCGUCGUCCUUCCCAGCUCUUAAAUCAGCUUUCGGGAAAGACCAAAUAGAUCCUGCCAGGAUAGAGGUGCUAAGAAAGCAGAUUGCCAGAGUACAUGAGCUUAUGCAAGAUCCACAAUCAACUGAAUUUAUCAUUGUGACGAUUCCUACGGUGAUGGCUAUUACCGAGUCAUCAAGGUUUCAUGCAUCUUUGAAGAAGGAUGGUGCGCCAGCAACAAGGCUUGUCGUAAAUCAAGUAUUGCCCCCCUCUACAUCUGAGUGCAGAUUUUGUUCUACAAAACGCAAGGAAGAAGCACGUGCCCUGAAUAUGAUAAGCAAUGACCGUGAGCUCGGCGGCCUAGAGCUAAUCCAAGCGCCGCUUCUUGAUGUGGAGUACUGGUGGCGGCAUUCAAAUUGUCUGGAAAUGUGGUUGAAUCUGGAGAAAAGAUGA